AUGAAGCUUGCCCUCUACACCAUCGCCCUCGUGGCCAUCACCCAGGCAGAGGCCGCUCGCGUACCUCACAUGAAGCGUCAGCUUGACGACUCGCCCCUUGAUCCCGUCCUCAGUGCGGUCAACUCUGCUGUAGGCGAUGGGGCCAGCGCCUUGAGCAGCGUACUCAGCGUUGUCACUUCUGCAGCCUCGGCACCCAUCUCGAUCGUGAGCUCCGUCGUAUCCGACGUAGGUAGUGCGGCCUCGCCCGUGCUCUCAGCAGCGGAGCCUCCUCUCAACACUCUGGCCUCAGACCUCUCUCAAGUUGUCUCUAGGGUUACUAGCGCCGCGGGUCCUGUCUUGACGCCCGUGGAGAGCGUGGCGUCGCAGAUUGCCAGCCAGGUCUCUUCUAUCCUGCCGAACAGCGCCAUCAACUCGGUCCUGCCCAGCGGUGUCGUACCCCCUCUUGGCCUCGGAUGCUCCGCUCAGACGGACUGUGGUAACAACCUCCUCUGUCUGGACAACGUCUGUGUCGGGCUGGGUACUGGACCACUUACGCUGACUUGCUCAGCCGAUGAUGACUGUCAAAGUGGCUCGUGCCUUGGCGGAUUCUGUGUACCACUUUCGGCGGCACAAUCGUGUGCGCGGGACACAACCUGCGACCCAGACCAAAUCUGCGUCGAAGUCGCCGCAGCGGCUGAUGUGCAUGUUUGCCUGGACCGUCCCGGCAUGGCCAGUGCCACAUCUACCGCCUCUGGACCCAUCGAGACGGGCGUCUCCACGAACAGCAAUGUCCCCUCCUCUGUGGCUUCUACGGGAAGCAACGUUCCUUCCUCGAUCGCGUCUACGGGAAGCGGCGCGCCUUCUACGAGCGCACAGCCUUCCACCAUCUCCUCAACCUCUGUGACCACUUUUACGAGCACCUCGACUGGCCUCACCACGACCGAUGGUGAGGUCUCUUCCAUCACCGCGACCUUCACGGGUACCUCCACGGCAAUUGUCCCAGUCGGCACCAACAACAACGGCGGACACCCGCACCCGCACCCUCACCCUCACCCUCACCCUCACCCUCGUCCGGGAGGGAACGGCAGCGGUAACGGCGGGAACGGUGGCAACACGGGAGGCUCUUCAUCUGGUGGUAAUGGCGGACAGGGAGGCAAUGGUGGCAGCAACUCGGGAGGAGGGUCUUCAGGCGGCGGCGGCAGCUCAGGCUCCAACGGAGGCUCUGGCUCCGGGAGCGGCAGCUCGGGCUCCAAUGGAGGCUCUGGCUCAGGCGGAAACGGCUCAUCGCAAGGCGGCAGCGGCUCGAGUUCAAGCGGCUCGAACGGCAGCGGUUCAAGCGGCAACGGCGCAGGAGCUGGUGCUGGUUCUGGUUCAGACUCGUGCCCCAGCUUGUGCGAGCAGGCUCGCUCGUACGCCAACUCCGUCUGUGGCGCUCAGCGCCGCUGGGAGCUUUGA